AUGGUGGCCAACAAACUCCUGUCCACGGUGCUACGAUCGAGAGAUGCGGCUGCAGAAGAUCAGGGAGCUGCCGCUGCGGCUGCUGCUGCCAUGGCUGCCUGGUCGGCUGGCAUUGCCUAUGCGAUCAACUUUAUCAUUCUCUACGUCAUCAUGUCGAUGCUCGUCGUCGUGGUUGUCGGUGUCAUGGGCUGCGUGGCAUCCCCGCGCAUCCGCAAGUCGCCGACGUACAUCAUCCUCGCUAUCUCUGCCGCACUCUGCAUCUGUGCGCUCGGCGUCAAUGUCUCGAUGAACAAGGAGCUCGUCGUCAACCCUCAGAAGCCGUUCAACGCCCAAAUCUACACCUCGAUGAUUGCCCUCUCUAUGACCAUCCCCUUCCUCGUCGACUUUACACUCAUUUUGAGAAUCCUCGCCUUUUUCCCCGUCACCUCUGCGGCCGCCGCGGGACGAAGACAGUGGAAGCGAUGGGCCGCCAUCGCGUUCCCCGCCUUGAUCAAGAUCCCUCGCAUUGUCCUCAUCUGCCACUACAUCCGAUUCGUGCACGACUGCGCUCUCCGUGCAUCCGACAUGGCCACAGUCGUGACCAUGGUCAACCAGAAGCAGUAUGCGCUCAUCGAGUGGACACUCAUGCUCGCUGACGGCCUCUACUGCACCAUCUUUUUCUGCGUCAAACUAUACGAGCUCGGAUGGGGCUGGGGCGAAGACAAGCAUGUCUCGCGCAGCUUCCUCGAGACUCUUCGCAGGAUCUUGAUCAGCGCCUUUGCCUGCUUCGUCCUUCCAUCGUUCCUGCUCAUCACGCUCAUUAUCAUGCAAGCUACUCUCUACCGACCCGAAAUCGAAGGCUACGUCUUCGUCACGUUCAUCCCGAUGACUGUCAUCUGCGCCGCCUCCGCCACGUUGUGGCCUGCCAUUCGGGCUGAGCAACACCGCCGAAAGAUGCUCGUGGCCCCGAUCCACACGCUGCGCAGCCAGGGCCCGCCGACCAAGUUCCUUACGCCCCAGCGCAGCUUCGACACCGAUGACGAGAAAGACUUUGACAAGAUGACGCCCGAUGUCGAAUUGGGCGAGCUGGAGCACACCGUGGUGACUCCCGUCAAGCGCAGCCAGGAUCAGCUCAACGCCCGAGCUCGUACCAUGACGGGUGAUCGGAUCGAUGCUGGACGUGACACGGACUUGGGCGGAGCAACGACGCUGCAGCACCUCGGAAGGCCGCAAAACCCGCUCCGCCACGCUCCCGAUGUGAGCGGAAUCGCAGUGACCACGGUCACGGAAGAGAAAUGGAGCGAGGCUUAA